UUCAAAAUAAUAAUGUAAUUUUUAUAGAUGAAGAAAUUAUAAUAGAUAAUGAUUUAUCAUCAAAUAAUUUUAAUUUUCUAACAGAGGAACAAGCUUUUAAACAAGCUUUAGAAAAAAAUUCUAAAGAAAAAGAUGAAACAUUUGAAGAAUGUGCUCGUAGAGAAGCUUUGGAAGAAGCAAAUAUCAAAUUAAAAGAACUUAUAUUUGUUUGUUUUCAAGAAGGAUUUAGAAAAUUUUCUGAUAGAAAUACAU